AUGAAGACCUCACCCGCCAUCGCCGCGCUUAUCUGUUUCAUUUUCCCCACCAUCGUACUCUCUACAUGUCUAGUCAUUGACGAACAGGGCCGCAACACCUGGAACCCCAACUGCGGCCCAGGCAACACGGCUGCCAUCCACCAGCCAAAACACCCCAAAAUAGUCCGCGACACGACUCACCGCGGGCAGCACCACCAGCACCACCACCACCUCCUCCACAACGGCAACCCGGGCGCCAUGCGCAAAUCCGUCGUCCGGCGCUCCGGUCUUGACAUUCCCGGAAACUACCUCUGUACCAACGCAGGCUGGAGCAUCAAGUCCAACUACACGGGGCCCAGCAACUCCUACUCGCUGAACGACUACUUCAACACGUUCUGCCAGUCGGCGCACGACAACGAGCUGGGGUCCGGGCGCUCGAUCUCGCUGCCGGUGCAGACGGUGAACGGCAAGGGCAGGGAGUUCUGGGUGGAUUUCACGUACGUGAAUCACAAUCGCAAGGCGGCGCAGAAGGUGAGCAAGGAGGCGUGCGUGCAGCUGUUUUCGGGGCUGUAUCUGCGGUGUCUGAUUGAGAAGUCGAAGGGGGAUGGGAAUCAUUUCAAGGGCGGGAGCACGUUUACGGAUAAUGCGGAGACGAGCGUGACGAUUAGCUGUAAUCCUCGGUCGUGUCCGAAGUUUCGAUGA